AUGUUCCAGGGCUUCCCCGGGGACUACGACUCGGGGUCCCGCUGCAGCUCGUCGCCCUCGGCCGAAUCUCAGUACCUGUCGCCGCUCGACUCCUUCGGGAGCCCCGCGGCCGCCGGGGCCGCGCAGGAGUGCGGUGGCCUUGGGGACAUGCCCGGCUCCUUCGUGCCCACGGUGACGGCCAUCACCACCAGCCAGGACCUGCAGUGGCUGGUGCAGCCCACGCUCAUCUCCUCGGUGGCCCCGGGGGCUCCAAUGGCUCAGCCGCCCCCCCUCGACCCCUACGACCUCCCCGGGCCCAGUUACUCGACCCCCGGCCUGGGCGCCUUCGCGGGACCCCCGGCCCCGACCCCCGCCCGGGCCCCCCGAGCUCGGCCCCGGCGCAGCCGCGAGGAGACGCUGACACCAGAGGAAGAGGAGAAGAGGCGCGUGCGGCGGGAGAGGAACAAGCUGGCGGCGGCCAAAUGUCGGAACCGGCGCCGGGAGCUGACGGACCGGCUGCAGGCGGAGACGGACCAGCUGGAGGAGGAGAAGGCCGAGCUCGAGUCCGAGAUCGCGGAGCUGCGCAAGGAGAAGGAGCGCCUGGAAUUCGUGCUGGUGGCCCACGCGCCCGCCUGCAAGGUCCCCUUCGAGGACAUCGGCGCCGUGGGUGCCGGCCCGGCCGAGGUGAGCAGCCCGGGCAAGGCGGGGACCGUCGCUUUCCUGCCCCCGGCGCCGUUCCAGGGCCCGCAGGGUCCCUUCCCCGGCUGCUGCCUCCCGCCCGGGGUCCCCGCGGGACCCCCUAACGCGACCCCCGCGUUUGUGUUCACCCACCCAGAGGGAGCCACGUGUGGAGCCUCGCACCAGCGGAGCAGCAGCAGCGACCAGUCCUCGGACUCCUUGAAUUCUCCCUCGCUCCUCGCGUUGUGAAAGGGGUGUCUCCACC